ACAAAUGUAUCAAAACCAAAACGUGAACAAUGUCGAACAAAAGCCACGGUUCGAACGACGAUUUUAAGCUCAUAACCUACAAACGUGAGAAAAAAUCAACAAAAUCGCCAAUUCAGACGAACAAAGCUUGUGCGGAUACGAAUUUGCCACCCAGGGAUGCAAUUGUAAGACGAAUUGAAGACGCAAAAUUAGAAGUAAAGUCGUCAGACUUGUUGGCUUCGGCGCUUGCAUCACUACGAGAAGAUUCGAGACAAGUUGGGUAGUAUGGCUUCUAAAGUAAACACUUUGAGACAUAUUAUAUCGGAGUUGCGCUACGCGCUUCCGUCAAGUUCCUUAAAAAAUAACUUGAGCCUUCAGUAUAUUUUAAGUCAGUACCGAAAACACAAAACCACGAGUGAGCAGUUGUGUAAGGCCAGGGAGGAGAUGGAGUUCAUGGCUAAUACUUACUUGUGUUAUUUAAAAAGCUUGCGCUUGCAGCAGGAAAUACACGACGAGUUUCACGGGAAAGGGGAAAGAACCGUGCGCGAAACGGCCAAUUUAGUUGGGUUUAAACUACCUCAUGAUCCAAAAUAAUGUCUAGGUUUAGUAGUAACACAUAUUGUAAAAUAUAUAGUGGUGUAAUAAAGAACAAGAGAUGAGAA